CACUCGACCAGGACUCGAACGCGCUCUUCACUGCCCACUGGUAUUCGCUGCACGAACAAGGACCUUGCGCACUCACCCCUCGGAUAGCUCGCGGCUACCAACAUAACCCCGCGGUUCUACCUCCACUGCAGCGCUUCCGCUGUCAGUCGCAUUCGUGUAUCACUCAACCCCAGCAGCCAGUUUAGGCAGCUGGUCCUCGAGUUGCCUCCUCGUUCUGUCGAACUGUCUGACAGCUUCCUCACCUCUCCUCUACGAUAGAAUAGCUGGGACCAUGGCUGACAUCGCCGGUUAUCACACUGACGCCAAGCUGGGCCAGGACCUCCACUCGAACAAGCGCAAGCGCGAUACACGCGAUCAGGGCAUGAACCGACCUGCUCCUAACAUGGGCAACACCGACUUGACCGACCAGGACACUGCUUUCCAUCUUGCCGCACACAAUGCCGGUACCAACGACGACCUGCAGCAGUUCGACCUGCACCAGAACAACGGCAGCAACACCUCAAGCGUGGGCGAUACUGCUGCCGCUGCCUUGGCUUACCACCAAAUGACCGUACCCCAAGCGACAGAACUGCAGUUUCAAACACAAGCUACGGGCGGCGACAACUCUUUCAACAUGGGGGAUCACCAGCAGCAGACCAGUAUGCAGGACUUCAGCCUCGAAGCUCUGAAGGCUGCGACACACACAGGUCGCCCUGGUCAGCCUGCUAACAGCGACUCGCCGCCACAAAGCGCUUCACAUAAGCCGCCUGUUGGAUCUGAUGAGUGGCACAAAGUAAGACGAGAUAACCACAAAGAAGUUGAACGUCGCCGUCGUGAGACCAUCAAUGAAGGGAUCAAUGAGCUUGCGAAGAUUGUGCCUGGCUGCGAGAAGAACAAGGGCUCCAUUCUGCAGCGCGCCGUACAGUUCAUCACCCAGCUAAAAGAGAAUGAGCAGCAGAACAUCGAGAAGUGGACGCUGGAGAAGCUGCUGACCGAACAAGCCAUCACCGAGCUCAGCGCCAGCUGCGAUAAGUUCAAGGCCGAAUGCCAACGAGCGUGGGACGAAGCACAAAUUUAUAAGCGCGCUUGCGAAAACGCUGGCAUUGUACCAGACGAGAUCAAGGAGCGAGAAAACAACGGCGAGCCUACCGGUCCAAGCUGACUGUGACCUGCCAGAUGUUGCAAAGUAUUUUCACACGCAGAUUGACUGCGUAAUCUUCGAAGCUUGUUGCUCGCACAUCAUGUAUGACGAAUCCUGUCUGCUCUGAUUCUUCUUUCAUUGCUGGUCGUUGGCUAUGAGUAUGCAGUGCUCUGUUCACUUCCGGCACGAUAACGACAAUUGAUCGGUUCAUUUCCGGCGUUCUUUGCUAUCAGCAACACUCAUUACGAGAUGUGGGAUCGGAUAUGUUGGAGGCAGCAUCAGGCGGUCAUUUGCAAUGCAGGCACAAGAGCGUUGCGGUAGUAGAGGGUAUGGUGGUGUUCUUCUUUCGUGUUCUGGCUGCAUCCAUCCAGUGUUGAGACGGUAGCUUCGACAAUUACACUGGCUCACUAUCAGUCAGCUCUAUCUGCAAGAACCUU